AUGUUAGAUAUAUCUGUACAAAAUGCUUUGAAAAACAUAAAAAUAUGGCUUACUUAUACCAUGGCUUCUUUAUGUAAAAAGCCUAAAUUAAUAUCUUCCCUGCAAGCCAUAUUAUGUACGGUAUAUAUUACAUCUCACAUCUGGAAACACGAAACAAGAUUGGAAAAAGAGCUAAAUCCAGAAUCUCAACCAAAUUUAUUUGGUCAAUCUGUAUUUACGUCCAAUUGGGAUGAAAAUUUUGAUAGAAUAAUAAACCAAUUAAUAUUUAGGUAUAACAAAAAUUUUGGAAUUGAAGAAAUGAAUACUGAAAUACUUUCUAUUGUUGAACCAGGAAGUUAUGAGCGCAGACACGAAGCAAGAAGAGAAGUUACUAUCAAAGCCGUACUCAAGGGCGAAUGUAGUAGUUAUCUUUAUGAGUACCUUAAAUUGAGAAGUGAACAAGCUUCCUUCACGAAAAAAGCUCAAUUCGAACACAGUGCCUACUACAUAAAUUUGAAAAUGAUUGCGAACGAGUUCAACGCAAAAAGCGCUUUGGACGUGUUUGAGUUAGGGCUUUCACCAAGUAAGGGCAUCUGCGGUUGCCCUUAUGAUAAACUGCGGUUUGGGCUUUGUCCGUCAAGAGUAUCUGCGGCAAGAGCAUUUGCGGUUGUUCUUGUUAUGAUCUGCGAUUCGGGUAAUAAUCAGUUAGGGCUUUCACCAAGUAAGGGCAUCUGCGGUUGCCCUUAUGAUAAACUGCGAAAAAAAUCUUCGGAAGUGACCAACUUUUGGAAAGUUAAAAAAUUAGAAGAGGAAGAAAGCGCAGUUCAUUCUGCCUCAUUAGGAUACCUAGGUAUGUUUAGAAAAUCGCUUUCUCAAUAUGCAAAUUCACAGGAAGCAAUAAUUUUAUCAACUGGUCAUUGUACGGGAAAGGAACGAGAAUUAUAG